UACACAGAAACUCUCUCUCUCGAAAAAAGCAAAACCAAACCGAGCCAAAACAAAAUCCCACCACCCCUAAAUUAGGGAAGGAAUUUAUUUUUUAAAAAAAAGUCUAGUAAAGAGACUGGAAUUUUCGGCUUUCCAACCCCACUCCACCUGCUUUGCAGAGGGUCUUCUACGUGUGUUUGCUGCUGUCUGUGAUGUUUGAGAUUUCUCUGCUGCUACCUGUUGAAUUCGAGAUUUUUUUUCCUGCCUUUUAACUCUUUAACAGAAAACAAAACUAUAUUACCAACCACAGCACCUAGAAAACGACUGUUCCCUAGCGCUGCCCUUGAGCAAACAUCACACCCCUUCCUCAUCGCUACUUAGGAUUGUUGAGAGGAUGAAAACCGAGGGGUGCCUCAGCAGCUCGUCCCUGCUGAGCAAUAAAUAAAUUACCCCACGCUUUUCUGACCACACUCCAAACCCAAGGCUAGCGGAGCUUUACAGGGCAUCAGCUGCGCUGCAAACCCAGCACCUCUGGAACCCACCGGGAAAGAAUGCUCAAAACACAAAACUCGCGGUGAUUCCCAAGCCUUCUGCACCUCCCAGUCUGCACGGAAACCGGAGGCCGCCUCACCGGAACCAGCUCUAGCUGCCGUACUCGGGGGUUCAAAUUAUACAUGUGACUUUCAAAACUUUGUGGCCAAUUCUCUUUCACCUCGGUUUCCUACGACGUAAAAUAGGGAGAACUAAUUAUCUGAGUUGGAAGGAUUAGGUAAAAUCGUGGGUAAGAAACUGUUUGCCAAGGUACGACCCGGAAAAAAAGAGCUCAGGCCUCCAGUCUUUGACCCGAAGAGGGCGGGGCUGGGCAUCGAUCGCUCGGCGCUCCUCUAGGCUCUCGUUCGUCGCGAUCAGACGAGUCGGGAAUGAUCGAUGCUCCCCGGUGUAGUUCGUGAGGACGAGAAGGCCGGCCGUGGAAUCUUCGCCCCGGCGGAACCAGUCGAUGCCAGCGAUGAGAAACACAGCCCCGUCCAAGAAUCAGAGAGGUGCUGACCAUGUCAGAGGACACUAAGGGUCCUACAGAGCCCUUGGUAGGGCCUAGCACCCUCUGGAAGGACCUCAGGGUACUCCUGCCUGACACAGAGGAGGAGCUGAAGCUGGAGCUCAGUGAGAAGGUGGGCAGGAGCCUGACCAUGCUGCUACAGCAAGCUGUAGGGUUGUUCUAUGCAGAACAUUGGCAGGAGUGCCUGCAGGCCAGCGAGGCCAUCCUGGACUACUCCUGGGAGAAGCUCAACACUGGGCCCUGGCAAGAUGUGGACAAGGAAUGGCGCCGGGUGUACUCCUUCGGCUGCCUCCUGAAGGCCCUGUGCCUGUGCCGGGCUCCACAGAAGGCCACUGCAGUGGCUGAAGCAUUGCGGGUGUGUGACAUGGGCCUGUUGAUGGGGGCAGCCAUCCUUGGAGACAUCCUUCUCAAAGUUGUCACCGUCCUCCAGACACACCUGCUCCCAAGAAAGCAGCCUGCCUGUGGCCCCCACCAGGACGAGCCUGUUACUAAGAAGACGAGGUGUGAUGCCAACUCAGCUCCCGAUGUGGUGUUAGAGCGGGCAGUGCCCAGGCUUCGCUGCCCAACUCUGCAGUACUUCAGGAAGCACUUUCUAGUCCCUGGGAGGCCUGUGAUCUUGGAAGGUGUGGCUGACCACUGGCCAUGCAUGAAGAAGUGGAGUGCUCACUCUUGUAGUCUGCAGUACAUCCAGGAGGUUGCUGGCUGCCGCACUGUCCCUGUGGAAGUGGGUUCAAGGUACACAGAUGAAGAUUGGUCCCAGACCCUCAUGACCGUCAACGAGUUCAUCCACAAAUACAUCCUGAGUGAGGCAAAGGAUGUUGGGUACCUUGCUCAGCACCAGCUAUUCGACCAGAUCCCAGAGUUGAAACAGGACAUCAGCAUCCCCGAUUACUGUUGCCUGGGCAAUGGGGAAGAGGAAGAGAUCACUAUCAAUGCCUGGUUUGGUCCCAAAGGAACUAUCUCCCCACUGCAUCAUGACCCCCAGCAGAACUUCCUGGUCCAGGUCUUAGGAAGGAAGUACAUCCGGCUGUAUUCCCCGCAAGAGUCUGAGGCAGUGUACCCUCAUGAGACACACCUUCUUCAUAACACCAGCCAGGUUGAUGUGGAGAACCCCAACCUAGACAAGUUCCCCAAGUUUGCUGAGGCCCCAUUCCUGUCCUAACCGUGCAUUCCUACAGCAUGCCUGGAUGGCUCGGAACAGGUCUCCACUCCAGGCCACGGUUCCCAACCUUCCCUCCUCCACCUCUCUGGUCUCCAGUUGGUUUCACUGUAUUCCCUUUUCUGGAACGGGGAAGAGGGCAGCUCUGACUUUAUCUCCUUCUCCACAUCUUGACCCCCAGUACCAACUGCUGGACCCUUUACCUCAGACCAAGAAUCACCAGUAAGGAUGCUGGUGGCUAGGCCUGUGGCCUCAGGGAUGGCUGAUGAUUGACAGGCCUAGUUUCCAACUCCACCCCAUCCCAAUGACAAGAAGAUGACCAGGCCAAGAAAUCUAAGCUUGGUCACACAGGAUCUGGGAGUCUAGACUAUCAGAGUAUGCCUUUUUAGACAGCUAGCUUUGGCAGGGAGGGAUGUACAUCAGGCUGAGGCAGCCAGAAGCCCGGGGAGUAGGCAGCAGGGGCCUUUGAGGUUGGCAUCCUCUUGGCGAUUAGCAGUUGCUAUGUCAUCUCACUUGGACAGUUACUACAACAGCAGUGCUGCUCGGAGCACUAAGGCAUAGAGUAGGAAAGCCAGCAUCCCAGAUGAUGUGCCCUAAUGAUGAGCCACCCAUCCCCAGCAUUCCAGAUGAUGUGCCCUAAUGAUGAGCCACCCAUCCCCAGCAUUCCA